AGAGUCGGACUAUUCAAGUAGCUGGAAAUAAUAUUCAAAAUAUCUUAUUCUAAUUGAGAAAACAAUUCUAGUUAAGGAACGUUUUAGGCGACUAUUAUAUAUAUACUGAAACUUGUGACUUUUUUGAGUCAUUGUAGGCCGUGGUGGAAAACAAUUUUUCCCGUUUGUCCUUUUAUCAGCAAUUUAUCCUCUAGAAACAAUGUUUUUGAAUAACUUUGCGCCAUCUUCAGUUACGUGCUUUCUCGGGAAAAUAAUUUAUUUGGACCUAAAGCAAACUCUGCUGCAAAGAACAUAAUCAUUUUCUCUUAAUUUAUUUAUUAUACGAAAACAAGUUUUUAAAUAAUAAUAAAGGAAUAUAAUAAAAAUAUUCAGAAAAUUGAUAAAAUUGCUUUCCCAAAAAACGUUCUUACCCAUUUCAAAUAACAUUAUUUUCCCAACGAGAACUCAAAAUCGAAAAACAUUAUUUUCAAUAAAACAUUCGAAGCUCUGCUGGUGCAUCUGUUACUAAGCAGUUAUUUCUCCAUAUUACCAACUCUUUGGAUUUUACAUUAGAUAUUUAUUUAAAUAAAUAUCCGUGAGACAAAAAUAACUAUUUAUUAAUCUGAUAAAACCACUUAAGCGUUGAAUAGAGCUUUAAGCUGGACCUGUUGAUUGGACUUUGGAAGUAGCAUGAAUUACCUUAUAAACAUGGUGCAAAAUAUGUCUUGAGUUUCUCGUAGCGGUUGGGUUCCUUCACUUUUAGAAGUCCAUUUAUUGUGUAGUGGUUCGUCAACUUUGGUUCAACUUGAUUCGAAUGUUGAUAUCUGUAUAUAUAAUUUCGAAAUCUUGUAUAGGAUAGUUCAAUAUUUUCUUUAUUUGUCGGUUAGCUCGUGCGCCUUAUCUACAUUAAACUGUAUUUGUUUCGUUAAAGUUGGACUAAUUGGGGACAAGAAAUUACGGGAGUACUCAAUUUAUCUUUUCCCGUGCAUAUCCGUAGUACUUUUCUGGACUUGGACGUGCAUCGUUCAGUAUAUGGUUCUUAGACUCCAAUGAGAGACGAUGUCUUUUCAAAUAACGAAAAGAUUCUUAGUGCCCAGCACCAAAUUAAAGCACUACAGAACUGCUCAAAGAAGAUGUCUUAGUGUGACUUGUUCUAGACGAAAUAUUCGAGAUAAUAUUUUGUUUAGUCCCAUCGAGGUUCAGAUUCCUAAUGUGAGCUUGGCCGAGUAUGUUUUUGGCAAAACGGCACCAUUUGCGGAUUAUACGGCUUUUGAAUGUCCAUUAACUCGUCGAAAAUACACGUUUUCUCAAGUGAGAAAGCUCAGCAGAAAUCUGAGCAAAGUUUUAAGGAAGAAAUUGGGUUUCAACAAAGGAGAUGUAGCUUUAAUCUACUUGGCGAAUUGUCCAGAAUUUCCAAUCGCUGCUUUAGGAUGUUUGGAAGCUGGUGUAAUUGUUUCAACUGCUAACUCAUUAUACACUUCAGGGGAAAUUCUACGUCAACUCAAGGAUUCCUCCGCAAAAUUAGUGAUAACAUCCUGCGAUUUGUACGAGAGUACCGCUAAAGCGGUUUCUCAAUUACCCGGCAAAAUUCCUAUAAUUUGUAUCAAAACGAAGCCGGAUCAAUUGCUACCUCAAGGAACCAUCGAUUUUUCCGAAAUUAUCAAUUUAACGUUGGAUAUUCCAGACUUGGAUCCACCAAAUGCAGACGAUAUUGCGAUCUUGCCAUAUUCUAGUGGAACCACUGGGUUGCCCAAAGGAGUCGAAUUGACCCAUCGAAACAUUGUUAGCAAUCUUUGUCAAAUUAGUACUGCUGAAACUGAUGCUUUAGAACUCGCUCAUGGGGACUUUCAGGAAAUAAGUCCAGGCAUUUUGCCAAUGUUCCACAUCUACGGCUUUACAAUAACUACCAUGAAUUUAAUGACAAAAGGAGCCAAAGUACUUCCAUUGCCCAAGUUCACACCGGACUCUUUUAUUGAUGUUCUUCAAAACUACCACUGUUCUAUAAUUUUUGCUGCGCCACCUUUAGUAUUAUUUCUAACACAUUAUCCGGAUGUGAAACCGGAAUAUCUCCAUCACUUAAGGAAUGUUAUGAGUGGAGCCGCCCCUUUGGGGGCCCUGGAUGAAAGCAAAUUUUUGGAGAAAGCAAACAGGGACGUCUUCAUAUCUCAAGGUUACGGACUCACAGAAACAUCUCCAGUAGUAAGCACGGUAUUGAAAUCAGUCCGAGAAAAACUGGGCAAAGCUUCCAGCGGCUCCGUUGGACACGUGCUUCCAAAUACCGAAGUCAAGUUAGUCAAGCUGGAUGAUAAAACCGCCACUCCUUUGGGACUAGGAGAACAGGGAGAAGUCCUAGUGAAAGGUCCCCAGGUGAUGAAGGGCUACCACAAUAAUCCGGAGGCCACCAAAAAUGCGCUUCAUGAAGGCUGGUUUAAAACAGGAGAUUUGGCUUAUUACGAUGUCAAUGGCAUGUUGUUCAUCACUGAUAGAGUUAAGGAGCUUAUCAAAGUAAGAGGAUAUCAGGUGGCUCCUGCUGAAUUAGAAGAAUUGCUCAGAGAUCAUCCAGGCGUAGAAGAUGCUGCUGUUAUAGGAAUUCCCGAUGCGAUAAGUGGCGAACUUCCCAAAGCUUAUGUUACACGGAAGAACGAAGUUAAUGCACAAGAAAUCUAUAACUUUGUGGCAAGUAAAGUGGCCAAAUACAAGCGACUGGAAGGAGGAAUUGAAUUCAUUGAGGAAAUACCGAAGAACUCGGCUGGCAAGAUAUUGAGAAUCAAACUGAAACAGAAAUAUCUCAGCGAGCAAGCUUAAACAGUUAUUUUAAUUGUUGAUCAGUCAUAUUUUGAUGAUAUGUGUUUUAUGUGAAACAUGAGUUUACUUUGUAAGGAACUUGAAUAUUAUAUAAUAAGCUACCAAACACAUUUUUGGGAUUUUAUGGAAAAGUGCAUUAGGAUUAAUUACUUUAUUAUAAAUUCAAAGCAGACCUGUACCCAUUUUUGUUGUUAAAUGCUCACAAUAAAGUUUUAUAUUAGCUUUUGCCAA